AUGAGUUUCGGUCGCUUCCGCCUGGGACCAAAAUCUGAUUUGUCUCAAUCGCACUCUGUUGUGCCGGCCAGGCCCUCUUCUCAUCCAUCAGGGCCUUCGGACAAAAAGAAGUAUUCCCAGAAGAUACACUGUCGAUGGCUUUUUCUUACCUACUUCGAUUCUUCGUUGGAGCAAGAAGAUGAUUUUGUAAAUAGGUUUCGAGCGAUGUUGGAGCAAAGAUCCCUCGCUUCUUCUACGUUUUAUGGAUGUCGUGAGGAGCGUGCGGAGAGCGGCGUUCUCUAUCAUGUCCUUCUACACCUCGAGAAGCAGGUUAAUUGGAAAGUCAGCAGUGCUCACAGAUACCUCCAGGUUUCAGAUAACCCACAUGAGCCUAUCAACAUAGUCACUCGUCACCCUAGAGUGAACUACGAAGACUUCAAACACAGCUAUGUUGAAUACUGCGAGCGGAUCGCACUCGAUGAUUGUUUUGGCAUACGUCCAAGUAUUUCUGCGGCAAAGGAUCCCAGGUACAAGCGGAAGUGGGUGGAAGUUGACCAGCAGCCAACGAAAGCUGCCAAGCGGGCUAAAAUAAUCGAACUUCUAGCUCAUGAAUAUGAAAGGGAUAUCGACAGUAUGAAAUCUGCUCUUGAUUACGAGCGUCGCGGGGAGGAUUGA